AUGAAGUUGCAAACCCUUAUCAUUUUGUCCCUAAGUUUGCUGCUAGGGAUCUCAGCAGAGCAAUGUGGGAGUCAAGCUGGUGGUGCCGUGUGCCCAAAUGGGCUGUGUUGUAGCCAGUUUGGGUGGUGUGGCACCACAUCCGACUACUGCGCAGCUGGUUGCCAGAGCCAGUGUAGCUCAACCCCUAAACCUACUCCAACCCCAACCCCAAGUGGCGGUGGUGGUGACGUCAGCAGCCUCGUUAGCUCAUCUGUUUUCGACCAAAUGCUUAAGUAUCGAAACGAUGGGAGAUGCCCUAGUAAUGGUUUUUACAAGUAUGAUGCUUUCAUUGCUGCUGCUCGGUCCUUUAAUGGGUUUGGCACAACUGGGGAUGUUGCUACUCGCAAAAAGGAGCUGGCUGCUUUUUUGGCUCAAACCUCUCAUGAGACUACUGGAGGAUGGGCAAGUGCACCAGAUGGUCCUUAUGCAUGGGGAUAUUGCUUUGUCAAUGAGAAAAACCAGGAUGUGUAUUGUACACCGUCCAGCCAAUAUCCAUGUGCUGCCGGCAAGAAAUAUUAUGGCAGAGGACCCAUCCAACUCACCCACAACUACAACUAUGGUCAAGCGGGCCAAGCAAUCGGAAAGGAUCUGAUAAACAACCCGGAUCUAGUGGCCACAGACCCGGUUGUAUCAUUCAGGACAGCUAUAUGGUUUUGGAUGACUCCACAGGGAAACAAGCCAUCAAGCCAUGAUGUAAUCACUGGUAGGUGGAGCCCAUCUAGUGCAGACAAAUCAGCCGGUCGGGUUCCUGGGUAUGGAGUGAUCACCAACAUCAUCAAUGGAGGGCUUGAAUGCGGCAAAGGUCAGGAUGCUAGGGUUGCUAGUCGGAUCGGGUUCUACAGAAGGUACUGUGAGAUAUUGCAAGUCAGCCCGGGAGACAAUUUGGAUUGUUAUAAUCAAAGGCCUUUUGCCUAA